CAGUGGGUAUCAUACACAUCUCAUUUCAGCACAGCUGAAGAGGAAAGAUGGAGAUGCCUGCUUGUCGAGCUGCUGUGCUUUUCCUCCUGCUUCUCUCUCAGGCCCUUGUCACUGUUCACUCAGAGGAGGAGAAGGAGGAGGAGGUCAUCCAGGACCUGGACCUGCAGGAGGAGGACCAGGAGGUGAUCGAAACCUGGAGCACAAAAGAGAAAGCCUGCACCUGUGACUGCGAAUCUGCACGCAUCCCUGCUGUCAUCCCACCUGUUCCCCCGACCUCACUGCCAACACCGCCACCAUCUCAAAGUCACCUGCUGAACUGCAUGCCAGAAUGUCCGUACCACAGACCGCUGGGAUUUGAAUCUGGAUCUGUGACCUCAGACCAAAUCAGCUGCUCCAGUCAGGACCAGUACACCGGCUGGUACUCCUCCUGGAUCCCGAACAAGGCUCGCCUUAACAACCAGGGCUUUGGGUGCGCAUGGCUGUCCAAAUUCAACGAUCAGUACCAGUGGAUCCAGAUCGACCUGAAGGAGGUGAGCGUGGUGUCGGGUGUCCUCACCCAGGGCCGCUGCGACGCUGAUGAGUGGAUCACUAAAUACAGCAUCCAGUACCGCACUUUAGAAACUCUUAAUUGGAUCUACUACAAAGACCAGACUGGAAAUAACAGGGUCUUCUACGGAAACUCCGAUCGCUCUUCCACGGUACAAAACCUGCUGCGCCCGCCUAUUGUGGCUCGUUAUAUACGCCUGCUGCCGCUGGGCUGGCACACCCGCAUUGCCAUGAGGAUGGAGCUGCUGAUGUGCAUGAACAAAUGCACCUGAAGUGUUUCUUACCUCACUGACCAUCAUUCCCCUGCCAACCCUGUCACUUGCCAAAAGGGGAAUAUUUGUCUAACACUGUAAGGUCCUUUGAUACAAGUCUAGUCUGUCCCCAUUUGGUGAGGCUCACAGUUCUCUGGGCAGGUGGACAUCUCUGGUGUCCUCUGAUGGAUUAUUUGUCUGUAUUAAAGUUUCCAAAAGCGCAUUGUGCUGUUACGUAAACACCAAACUGUUUCAGCUCAAAUUGAAAUUUGUUACCUUCAAUAAAGCAGUUAUUAACUGUGUCAGGAAAUAAAAAAGCUUCUACAUGUUCAGAGUCAAAUCAAA